GGAAGCUUUAAAGUGUGGACUAGUCAUCGACAAGAGAAGAGAAAAGGGUUUAUCUGGAGAGUUGGAAGCCGAGAGGGAGGAGAAGGAGAUCUGAUUAACUGCGGAGCUGCGAAAAUAGAUUCGGAUCGGAAAAGGAAGAACGAUUCGAUCUCUUCGGAGGAUCGAAUAGCGAAGGAUAAGGAGAGGGGAAGAGAGAGGGAGCGGGAUAAGAGCAAGAAGAGAUCGAAGCCAAUGGCGUCCGGGGAUAAGGUCAGGGCUUCCCACAUACUGAUAAAGCACGAGGGCUCCCGACGGAAAGCUUCGUGGAAGGAUCCUGAAGGCCGUGUUAUCAUGAACACCACGAAAGAGAGCGCCAUCGCUAAGCUCGUACAGUUCCGGGAGGACAUCCUCUCUGGAAAGGCCAAGUUCGAGGACAUCGCCUCUCGCCACUCCGAUUGCAGCUCCGCCAAGCGCGGCGGCGAUCUAGGUCCAUUUGGGCGUGGGCAGAUGCAGAAGCCAUUUGAAGAUGCAACAUUUGCCCUCAAGGUUGGUGACAUAAGUGACAUAGUGGAUACCGACAGUGGUGCUCACAUCAUACUCAGAACUGCUUAGGCUACCAAGAUGAUGGAUGAAGCUCUGAGCUAUUUCUGGUUUUGCUUUGGCUUAUGGAUCUUAUUUAUGGUCUCAUUUUUCAGUGGUUAAUUCGAUUGUGGGGCAGAACUUACUGGUCCAUUCGUGUUGCUUUUCCCUCCUUUCAGUAAUGGCAAUUCGUGCGAGCUGUCAUUUCGAUGAGCAGAGAUAUGUUCAUGGUUUGGGAUUGAUUUCAGUGAAUCAGGAAUUCCAUAUUUUACAUUUUUCUGACUGUUACUUUGGGAUUCAUUGCACAAUUAUGAUUCUGGUGUUAAAGUGCUUCCCGUGACCGG